AUGUAUCAGUGUGAAAACUCUAGAAAAUGUAUUUCAAAACAACAACUUCUUGAUGGUUUCCAAGAUUGUCCAGAGAAUGAUGAUGAGGAAUAUAAACAAAGUUGUUCACUUGACGAUGCUCAUCAGCGCUUUCAAUGUAUAGGUGACGAGCAAAAAUGUUUUCCAUCACUAAUCAUUGAAGAUGGCAAGAGAGAUUGCAAAAUUGGUGAAGAUGAAGACUCUGCGUUCGCACAAUACAGAUUAAAAUAUAUUUAUUUCCCACAUAUAUGUGAUGGAAAAGCUGAUUUAUUACCUAGAGUAAUUGAAGGGCAAUAUGAAAGUGAUGAAACAAAGUAUGAAUAUUGGCCAUGUGAUAAUACUUAUACGCGAUGUAAUAAAAUUUGGAAUUGUAAAAAUGGAGUCGAUGAAAUGUAUUGUCCACAUUCUAUUGGUUCUACAUUACGAGGUUAUUGCAAGUUUUCCAAUGAUGCAUUGAAUAUGUCAUGUUCAUCAAUCAAUCAAACUGAUGAACGAAACAAUUCUCAUAUGCUUUUUUAG